AUGCCGUUCACCAAGGUCCCCGAGUACUCUGCCAAGCACCCAAAGCCCGCUGACAUCACGUACGAGUACGGCACCGCUGGUUUCCGCACCAUCGGCGAGAACCUCGAGAGCACAGUGUUCCGCGUCGGGCUCUUGGCCGCGCUGCGGUCGCAGAGCAAGCAGGGCCAAGUAAUCGGCGUGAUGAUCACUGCCUCGCACAACCACGAGCGUGACAACGGCGUCAAGCUCAUCGAUCCGCUGGGCGAGAUGCUGCAGCAGUCGUGGGAGGCGUAUUGCAGCAAGCUGGCCAACGCAGCCUCGGACGCCGACGUGCAGUCUGUGCUUGAGGAGGUGGCCCGUGCCGAGAAAAUCGACACGUCGAUCAAGGCCAAGGUGGCUUAUGCGCGGGACACACGGCCCAGCGGUCCGCUGCUGCAGGGGGCGCUCGAGGACGGUCUCGAGGCCCUGAACGUCGAGGCGACCAACUACGGCAUCAUCAGCACGCCGCAGCUCCACUACAUUGUGCGCUGCCUCAAUACCGCCGGCACCAGGGCCGCAUACGGCGAGCCGACGGAGACCGGCUACAACGCCAAGUACGGCAGUGCGUACCUGCGCCUGGUCGAGGGCAAGGAGAAGCCGACCACCCUGCACAUUGACGCUGCCAACGGCGUCGGUGCCCCGCAGGUGCGCAAGCUGGCCGAGUCGAUCAACUCGCCGUACUUCAACAUCGAGGUGCACAACCACGACACCGAGACCCUGGGCAAGCUCAACAUCGACUGCGGUGCCGACUACGUCAAGUCCAACCAGCGCCAGCCCGCUGGUGUGACACUGAUCCCCGGCGGCCGCUACUGCUCGUUUGACGGCGACGCCGACCGCAUUGUGUUCUACUACGCCGACGAGGCCGGCCGCUUCCACCUGCUGGAUGGCGACAAGAUCGCGACGCUGGUGGCCACGUCGGCGUCGGUGCAGACCGCGUACGCCAACGGCAGCUCCACCAGCUUCAUCAAGGACUCGUUGAAGCUGCCCACCGUGUUUGCAAAGACCGGCGUCAAGCACCUGCACCACGAGGCCGAGAAGAUGGCCAUCGGCGUGUACUUUGAGGCCAACGGCCACGGCACCGUGCUGUUCAACCCGUCGGCGGUUACCGCCCUCACCAAUGCCACGCCAACGUCGCCUGCCCAGGCUGACGCGAUCGAGCGUCUGUGGGCGCUGCGCGAUCUCAUCAACGAGUCGGUCGGUGACGCCAUGUCCGACAUGCUGUUGGUCGAGACCAUCCUGAUCUGCAAGCAGUGGACGCUGGCGGACUGGGAUCAGGCAUACACUGAUCUGCCCAGCCGCCUGCUCAAGGUCGUCGUCAACGACCGCUCGGUCUUCCAGACCACCAACGCCGAACAGACCCUGACGUCGCCCGCGGGCCUGCAGGACGUCGUUGAUUCCAUCGUCGCAAAGUUCCCCAAGGGCCGCUCCUUUGUGCGCCCGUCGGGCACCGAGGAUGCGGUGCGCGUCUAUGCCGAGGCUGCCACUCGCCACGACUGCGACCAGCUUGCCUACACUGUUGCCGGUGCUGUCUUUGACAAGGCUGGUGGUCGCGGCGAGCGCCCGGCCGAGUUCCUGUAAACAAAAUCCAUUGCCGUUAUCUCAAGCUAUCUUGGUUGCAUAUUCUUUCUAUACAUGUAACAAGGAACCACUAUUUCAUCAUGUUUCUCGCGCACCAGCGGUGUUGCAGCCACUGUGUAUCGCGCCAUCGGAGAGCGAGAUGCUCUCCGCCUGAUUGGCAGGAAAUUGUGCUAGUUUUACAUCAGACAU